GACACCUAUAGUUUGGGACAAAACAGAUAACAUACGGCACUCUAGCGAGAGGUCGACAAUAUUCGACCUCGCCAUCAUUCAACAACAAAAAAAAGAAAAUGGCUGGAGUAAAGAUCAUUCAAACCCCAUUUAACAACACCAGCAAUAUCCUGCAUCCGACCUUCCAUCCAAGGACCUUAUGGAAGCUGUGCUCACUCCCUCUUUGCCGUUCCGUACCCAAGGACUCGAACUCAGAGGGUUCCCAACCACAAGGAGACCCAAAGAAACAAGAAUUACUGGCCAGAAUAGCAAUGCUUCAAGCUCAAAAGUAUCGACUUACAGAUUACUUGGACGAGCGGUCUGCUUAUCUGACUCAAUUUGCUGAAGAAGCCAACAUUGAGAUUGAUGCAAUCGGUGAAAACGCGUUAAAAGAUCUAGAUGAAGCCAGUGCUCGGAUAAUGGAGAAUAUCGAAAGCAAGAUGCAAGCCUUUGAGGAAUCAUCAGAGAUGAGCAAGGAGGAGAUUGCAAAGAGGGAUAAGGAGUUGGCAGACUUUGAAGGUGAUAUCGAAAAGGGCCGAAAUGAAGGAUUGUUCUUCCAGAGCCUGCAGGAAAAGACACCAGUGGAUAAAGAAAAAGCCAAAGAGGAAACAAAGAAACUUGCUGCUGUUACUAAAGAUACUGCUGCAUCCAAGGUCAGGAGAAACAUAUACCUUGCAUUGAUGGGUCUCAUGGCUGUCGGUAUUGCUGAUUCAUAUAUUGCUUCCUCACCAGACUGGCGAAAAAUAGCUGUUCUUGGAGCAAUAUUUAUUGGUUUGCUCAGCCAAUUCAUCUACGAGCAAAAUUUGCUAAAAGAUAGUGAGAAGGAUGAUAUACAGGAUAUAGAUGAUGAAAGAAAGUGAAGGCGAUUAUUUAUUCUUCCAUUCAGCUAUUUAAAAAUUACCGAUAUUAUGUGCUAAAAUGUUGUAACUAGUAAAUACAGGCUAUACAGCAUAACUUCAUAGACCCAAACAUUGCACAUCACUUAGAUUUAAUACUGUCGUACUAGUUGCUGCGUUUGCAUCGUUCAUUGGUUUCCCCGUUUCAGUGAUUUUCUGAGAAUUCUGACGCCAACAAAUUAAGUCUAGCGUAGUUGAUGCUUCAAAAUGUAUAAUGCUGUGAACUGCAUAAUAUGCAGAUAAUCAAUAAUGAAAUUUGGUUCCAGUUGCA